GAUCCGACAAAGUUUUUCAAAAGGAAAAAUAUCGUUAAAAAUGACUCUUAAGCAACAAUUCGAUGAUCUCUCGAAGAAAGUUAACGAUUUAGGCAAAAUAUUUGAAAUAGAAGAAAUGUUUAAGGAUUUGUUAUCGUCUUCCUCAAAAAUCGGAAACAAUUUGCCAAAUCUUCGCAGAGAAAUAAUGGAAUUAAAAGAAAAUAUUUCAUUCAAAAGAAGCGAAAUUCGAAAAAUGAAAUCUAAAUUGAAGAAAGAGAAACUUAAGCUUGAGAAAGAAAAGAAAAAAGCUCACACUGUUCAAGAAGAGGUUGAUAAAUUGGCUGAAGUAUUGAUGAACAUUCGCAACAAUAUUACGAGUCACAAUGUUUCUGGAGAUGAUGUCCUGUCACUUUUUGACUCUGUCUCAAUACCAAGCAUAUCCUCUGACUGAAUAGAUUGAUUGAUAAUGUAAAACAUUUAAAUAUAAUAUUUUUUAAAAUUUAAGAAACUAAAAUUUACUAA